AUGAUAGCUGAAAGAGAGUAGCUGUUUUCAGCAGACGAGCUCUAAUAGGAAGAACUAUUCCCUAGAUUUAUUGUUGUGAGAAAAUAAAUUAACAAUCAAUCCAUCGAUGCUAGUGAGUGGCAAGGAUUUAUCAAGGAUAUAAAAUAUACAAUAAAAACUACAUCAGCGAAAUCAGAAAGUGAAAUUAUUCAUAAUCUGAAUGCAUCAUUGGGAAAGUUAGAAAAAUUGGAAGCAUAUUUUCUAGAGAAAGAUUCUAACAAUUAAAAUGCUAAUUAAAAAUAUGAGGAGCUUGAUAAAAAAGUUGAAGGAUUAAGUACAUAAGUCUUAAGUCUCUAGGAUGACAUGAAAUUCAUAAAGAAUUCUUUAGCCAAGCUACUUCAGAAUAAAAGCCAUUGA